CAGCCAAUCGGAAAGUGCGCGAAGUGAGGGUGUUUGGUAUGCCCUGGGACGGGGCAGCUUGUUCGCAGUAAUUCAAGUUUUUGACCGUGUAACAAUAUUGUCGAGCCAUUGUCAUUUGUUAGAAACGAGAUAUAAUUCGCUUUCCCGUCGUACGCGAGAUCACGUCGGUUUUCAGCUAACUGCGUGUUAGAAUGGCCGCUGUUUUCGAUAUCGAGUUGCACGAUGCGGACACGGAAAACAGGGACGAGUCCGACGAUUAUCUUAUCGAGAUCGGCGAGGAAGAGUACGAUGUGAAUCCGAACGUGAACGAGAUCGCCAAGUCGGAAGGUGGCGAGGCGGUACCCAUAUCGGAACAGAAUGUUAAUCGGGGACGAGAAAGGGUCGGCCCUCAAGAUUUCGAACUUUGCAAAGUUAUCGGGAAGGGUGGUUAUGGCAAGGUCUUUCAAGUGCGUAAAAUAACGGGUAAUGACAGCGGCACGAUCUUCGCAAUGAAGGUCUUACGCAAAGCUUCAAUUAUAAGGAAUCAAAAAGAUACAGCUCAUACUAAGGCUGAAAGAAAUAUCUUGGAAGCUGUAAAGCAUCCUUUCAUCGUAGACCUAAUGUAUGCUUUUCAAACUGGUGGCAAAUUAUAUUUGAUCUUGGAAUAUAUGUGUGGUGGUGAAUUGUUUCGACAUUUGAAUGCAGAAGGAAUUUUCCUUGAAGAAACUGCUUGUUUUUACAUAUCGGAAAUAAUAUUGGCUUUACAACAUCUCCAUUUACAAGGAAUUAUUUAUAGAGACUUGAAACCAGAAAACAUCUUGUUAGAUGCUGAUGGUCAUAUAAAACUAACUGAUUUUGGUUUGUGUAAAGAACACAUUCAAGAUGGUACUGUUACACAUACAUUCUGUGGUACUAUAGAAUAUAUGGCUCCAGAAAUUCUAACACGAACCGGUCAUGGUAAAGCUGUGGAUUGGUGGAGUCUUGGAACCUUAAUGUAUGAUAUGCUUACAGGUUCUCCACCAUUUACAUCUGAUAAUAGAAAGAAAACUGUUGCCAAAAUUAUACAUGGUAGGCUAAAUCUUCCACAGUAUUUGACACCUGAUUCCAGGAACCUCAUCCAGAAAUUAUUAAAGAGGAAUGUCGCGCAAAGACUAGGCUCUGGUCCAUCGGACGCAGAACAAGUAAAGAGUCACCAAUUUUUUAAGCAUAUUAAUUGGAAUGAUGUUAUCUCUCGAAAAUUAGAACCGCCUUUUAAACCAAUGUUAGCAAGCGACGAUGAUGUGUCACAAUUUGAUAAAAAAUUCACAACGUCCGCGCCAAUAGACUCUCCUGCGGAAUAUACGUUAAGUGAAUCUGCAAACAGAGUAUUUCAAGGUUUCACGUAUGUGGCGCCUAGUAUACUAGAGGAUAUGUAUUCACAGCCACGAGUAAUAAAUGCUAGAAGUCCACGUAGGAGCUAUAUACGUGGUUUCUCACCGCGAUCGACACACUUUAGUUUACACAAUACACAUUUACAGAAUCAUAGAAACGAUGGAGUUGGACAUGGCAACAUCGAGGAUACAGAAAUGAUCGAAAUAGGCUAACUGCCACUUCUUACAUAGCGGAAAAUGCUUAGCAUUUCGGCCUAACUGCUGAAUAUCCAUGACCAAUCCUUGGGUCUCAGGGAGGGAUUUUAUAAAGAUAUAGAUGGAGUAGCAAAAGGAUAGAUCCAAUAUCCAGUACUUCAUUGGAUGUUCAGCAGUUAAAUUUAGCUAAUUUUCUUUUUUAAUUAAAUCUAAUUAUAUUAAAGGUACUAAUUAAGAUUAUGCUUUAAGAGAACAGCGACGCAGCAGUUAUUCGGUAGCACACAAUAAGAGUAUGUAUGUGUAAUGUGUAUGUGUACACGCGUAUAUAUAUAUGCGCGUGUAAACAAACAUGCCACAUAUACGUGAGUGAAAUAUUUGGAUGAUAUACCGGAAAGGAAAGAUUUUAUUUACUUAUUUGUUGUCGGUUCCGAUGUACUGAACGUUCUACCAAGACCUAUUAUUCUCAUACAUUAUUGUCACAAUAUUGCACACGUUUCAUUAACCUGUUAAUAUGUAAUGACUUACUGUGUUUUGUACAUAAAAUCUGCAGGUUGGUUGGAUAUUCAUAUAUAGAUACAAACGUCAUUUAUGCUAAGUGCAACAGACUGAAAAAUUCCAGCACUUUUAGAAACUCAUAAAUUAUACUGUUAAUACAAGUUUGAGGUUCAACCAUCCUGUCACACUUGUAUAUUUAAAAAUCUGUACACGGCGUAUGCAGUUUUACCGCGGUGUACGUAGUGCUUAAAUGUGAUUUAUUAAAAAAAAAAUGGACAAAAGACAAAUAGACUUAAUGGAAAAGACUCACAGCUGCCACAACCGCUCCGCCGCUCAAAAUUCCAUAUCCGGUCAUUCGUUUGAAAAAAAAGAAUAUAUAUAUAUAUUUUCAGCAGUAAUAACGUUUCCAUGGCAAUAAGGUAAACAAUAACGCGUUUACGCGAUAGUCAUAGACAGUAUUUAUGUAAUACUGCAACGGAAUUGCAUUUGUACAAUUGAAAGUUCCUAAGAAGUGAGAGUUUAAUUGCAACGUACUUCGAUCUGCAAGUAUAAAAAUAUUUUUCGUAGAAGUACUCGUUCAUCGAUAUGUGUAAAAGACACCUUUUGUUAACCAUUUAUGCCUUUUAAGGAAAAAAAAGAAAUAAAUUUCUAUCGUGGUUUCUGUCUAAUAAACGAAAGAUUUAGCGUGAAAACAAGUUACCAUGGUAACAAUGUUACUGCGAAACGUUCACUUCCGCUAAUACGAAUAUACAUUUUACAUUAACGCUCGUUUUCACACGCUGUUCGGUGUGUCAUUAUAUUAUCACGAUUUAUUUAAAUAAUAUCUAUUCGUUACGUAUAUUUGUACAUUAUUAAACACUAAUACAUGUAUUGGUUUUUGACGUACACACGAUAUAGUAAAGAUAAAAUAGUGUAAAGGUUAAGCGUUUAGAGUGACUGUUAGCCGCUCACCGGAAAACUCUAAACUACCCAAGUGUUCACAAGCCAUCCUAGCCGGCGUUACAAUUUUAACUAUUUACAGCGAAUACCAUGGUCGAAAUGUUGAAAUCGGUGAAUAGAAUUUUCUCUUACGAGUAUCCAGUGUCUAUUGAAAGUUCUUUCUGCUGCGAAUUUGAUGUAUUACAUUUCGACUAUGCAUAAACAAAAAAACAAAAGUGUACGAUAUACGUAUAUGAUUAUACUAUUUGCAAUAGUAUUGUACCAUAAUGAAGUGUGUACUGGGAGAGGAUUAUUUAUAUAAAGCACAUUUUCUUGUAUUUAUCGAAACAUGUAUUUUCGAUGUUGAAACGAGAAUCUGUCUACAGAGUCGUUCGAAUACUUUGUCGUAUUUAACGUUCAGGGAAAUUGCAGUAGUAGGAUAUCAGGACUUGCCAUGUAAACGAUGUUAAUCUUUAUUUUGUUACAUCGUUGUAUCAGACUUAGAAGAAAUGAAAUUAGCAUUUAAUUAAAAAACUAUGAAAACGAUAAUUACGUAAAUACCGUUACAGUGUAUCACCAUAUCUAUUUAACGUACUAUAAUUUUUUUAUUCGUUUUUGAUAACUAACAUUGUACAAGUUCUGCAUCGUUUUGAAACGUAUUACUAUUUACGAGGAACUUCAUCGUUCAUAUAAAUAAUGAACUUUGUAGGUAGAUUCUGCUAACGUGCUUUGCAAUCAACCUAGGUGCUGUUAUUCAUUAAUUUGACUCGAUUCUAAACGGCCUGAAUACCAUCAAAUGAUUUCUUAUAUCUUAAAAAAAAGUCGUACCGCAGCACGUUGUAUUCUAUUUAGGUGUACAUUAUGUUCUCUCGUAGCGUUUGAAAAGAAACAUACAAACGAAUUUAGCGAAAAUAAAGAUUUAUUUUUCACGUUUUUCUUUUCGAUUGUAUAGUAUAGAAAGAAGCGUUUAUGGUUACCCGUGGCACAAGAUAUGUUAGUUAAGUGCUUAAAUAAUACAUAUUAUCGAACGAUGUGUAAACGAAAUUAGCCAUUGGCCAGAAAUGAUAAAUGGUUUAAUGCUUCCAAUUAAAAGAAAUAUUGAUUCCUCAAUUGAUUUUUCUGCUAUUAUGGUUUGUAUCCUUUAAAUCGUAUUUACAAAUAAAUAUAAUAAUUUAUGACGUA